CCUAAACUAAACAUUUGUCUAAAAUCAGAAUCUUCACCAGCAGAAAGACCACCGAGAUAGAUAGAUAGAUACAGAUACAUACAGACAGUAGUAUAGUAUGCAAGGUGGAUCAUCUGGAGUCGGUUAUGGUCUCAAAUAUCAGGCAAGAUGUAUUGCGGAUGUGAAAGCCGAUACAGAUCACACCAGUUUCCUCACCGGCACUCUCAGUCUCAAAGAAGAAAAUGAGGUGCAUCUGAUUCGGCUUUCAUCGGAUGGCACGGAGCUCGUUUGCGAGGGCUUGUUUUCACAUCCUAAUGAGAUUUGGGAUCUUGCUUCUUGUCCUUUCGAUCAGCGUAUCUUCUCCACCGUUUUCUCCUCUGGUGAACUAUAUGAAGCAGCUGUGUGGCAGAUCCCUGAAUUGUAUGGUCAGUCGAAUUCCCCUCAGUUGGAACGUAUUGCUUCCCUUGAUGGCCAUGCUUCCAAGAUUAAGCGUGUCCUUUGGUGGCCAUCUGGAAGACAUGAUAAGUUGAUCAGCUUAGAUGAGCAGAAUAUCUUUCUUUGGAGCUUAGAUUCUUCAAAAAAGAGUGCCCAGGUGCAAUCUCAGGAGUCAGCUGGCAUGCUUCAUCAUCUGUCUGGUGGAGCAUGGGAUCCGCAUGAUGUAAAUGCUGUUGCAUCAGCUUCUGAAUCAUCUAUUCAGUUCUGGGAUUUGCGCACAAUGAAGAAAACAACUUCAAUCGAGUACUCCCAUGUUCGUGAUAUGGACUUUGAUAGCAAGAAGCAGCACAUGCUUGUAACAGCUGCAGAUGAAUCUGGUAUAAACAUAUGGGAUCUUAGAAUGUUAGAGGCCCCUGUUGCAGAGCUUCCUGGACAUGCACACUGGACAUGGGCUGUUAGAAGCAAUCCUGAAUUUGAAGGGCUCAUUCUUAGUGCAGGAACUGACUCGGCUGUUAACUUGUGGUUUGCCAUUUCUCCUAGCAAUGAUGAAUUGACAUCUGAUAGCAUGUCUAACUCUGGUACUAGAAGGACAGAGUCCUUGCUCCAUUCAUACAGUGACUAUGAGGACAGUGUUUAUGGCCUUUCAUGGAGUUCUCGAGAGCCUUGGUUAUUUGCAUCAUUAUCUUAUGAUGGAAGGGUAGUUUUGGAGUCGAUAAAGCCUCACCUCCCCAAAAAGUGAAGACACCCUAGGUACUCCGUAUGUUGUCAUCCCUUUUCUCGGAUUUAGAAUCUUCUCAUUACAUCUGCCAAGUCUUCUAUGAUUCCUUACCUUACGGAUGUGGAAAGUUGUGGGAUUACUACCACAAGUAACCUCUUGAUUCUUGUUGGUCAUGACUCAUGAGCGUAUCAUUCCUGUGGAAUUUUAAACCAGCUUCUAGACAUUUGGUUGAUUUCACUUGGUAUAUUUGUUUUGUAUUUAGUAUAUAAACCGAGGGCACUUUAUAUUAAACCGUUCUUGUUUAUCCAAUUUUGUUCUUGUGUUUCAA